AUGCACUCCAACCUGCACAAGACUUUCACGCAGCCUCACGGCGGGGGCGGCCCCGGUGCUGGUCCCGUCAUUGUCGGUGAGCGCCUGAUGCCAUACAUGCCAACGCCCGUAGUGAGCCGCAGGGUCGAUGCAGAUGGUAAUGAGCAAUACACUCUGGACGCGCCGCCAAAGACCAUCGGCAGGAUGGGCGCGUUCAACGGCAUUUCGGGGCGCUCGUGCGCGCGCUAUGCUUACAUCACGACGCUUGCGACGAAGGCAUAG